ACUGAAUAAACCGCAUUCUUGAGCAACAGCGGGGGCGGUCGGAUAGAUACAUAAAGAGAAGAGGAAGUGUUUCAGCAACUAGUCGAGGCUAACAUGAGAGAAUGCAACAGCAAAGCCCGCGAAGAAACAACUAUUUACAGUCCAUGCUGUGACACCAUCUCACUGGGUGUGAAAAAAUGAUAAUCCUGCGCUUGCAAGGUCUUGAUGUGAAGGCAGGCACUAAAGAUGUACGGAGGUUCUUCAGACGCUUUCACAUACCUGACGGAGGAGUGUACAUCGUGGGAGGAAGUCUGCAAGAAGCAUUUAUUGCAUUUACUUUAGAAAAACAUGCACAGCUUGCUUUGCGGUACACCGGAAGGUUACUAAAAGGUUCUAAAGUUAGUCUACACCUAAGCAGCAUGGCAGAGCUUGAGAAAAAACUAAAAUAUUUGCUGAAGAGGAGGAAGCCCUCCCCCCCACAGCCUCCUGUGAAGAAACAUCAGCCAUUUUCAGAUGCUAAUGUGCUGCCUUCAAAUGAUAUCCCUUUUGAUGCCAACACUCUGCCAGAGCCUCUUCAUCCAGAUACUUCAAAUCUACAACCUUCAAAUGCAGACUCACAAGACUUCAAAGCUGCCUUUCUUCUUGGGAUGUAUACUAUCAUUCAAGGUCUCCAGUCAACCUGUCCAGGUGAAAAAACCGAGGCAGAGCAAACGGUUGACUUUCCAAGAGUGGUUGAUAAAAUUAUGUCACCAAAAAAGACACCAGGCUACGUCAGGCUCUUUGGUCUGCCAGCCUCCACUAAAAAACAGGACAUCUGCCAGUUUUUCCAAGGGUUGACAGUACAGGAAGCCAUCGUGAAUGUUGAGUUGGGACGAAGCCACGCAUGCCUCGUGAAGUUUGCAAACACACAGGAUGCGUUUGAUGCUCUUCACUUCAACCAGCAGUCAUUGGGCCCCAUCUGUGUGGAGGUGCGUGCAGCAACUGAGAAGAUGUGGACCAGCGCACUGCAGGAAUGUGAAGCUGCUGUUAAUGUUGGGCAGAGAGUAAAAACCAAGCAAAAGCCUCUCAAGGAAAGUGCACACCACCGAAAAAAGAACAUGUCUGCGCUGCAGCUCAGGAGGCAGUUUAUCAACCAGUUGCCAUCAAAAUUGGCAAAAAAGCCAAGAGCUGACUGUGACUCCAUCACUACCAUAUCGCCAGCUGUGGAGUACAACGUCAUGGUAAACAAUCUACACAAAGGGAUGACCAAGACUGAAAUAAAAGAGUUGUUUGGAUGUCCGAACAUUGCACACACAAAUGUAUUACAUCUGCUUGACAAGGAAGGCAACAGAUCAGCUACAGCCUUCCUUAUAUUUGAGUGCACUGAGGAUUAUGACUAUGCAAUGAAUCUCAAUGGCUGCCAUGUGGGUUCGGAUACCAUUGAGGUCUCGUCAAUCACUAAAAAGAGGAUGAAAGAGAUGAUGGCCAAAACCCUACCCAGAAGUCUUGAACUUUGUCCAAAUACUGGACCCAAGGGGAAACGGAAUCCACUUGUGCCGAGCAAUAAAUCUGACCCAGCAGCUCAGACCUGCCUUUUCGUCAGAAACCUGCCUGCAGAUGUCCAAGAAAGUCAUAUACAAAUACUUUUCAGCACAUUCAGACUCAAGAAGAAUAAUAUCAUUUUACUGCAUAACAGCAAUGGGGAGAGUGAGGCUCUGGUUCAGUUUAAAUCUCCAAAACUUGCUUCACUGGCUCACAGGCUCCAUGACCUGGAAUUCCAGGGGACAAAACUACUUCUUACUUGCAUUACCAUGAAACAAAUGGAGGACGUCUUGGCAAAAAACUUUGAAGCAGUUAAACAUUAACGCUCAAAUGCAGACAUUGUGGCUCAAGGCCAUAACUAAGUUUGUUUCAACUGUUACUUUGCUUAACUUCAGCAACAUGUUGAGUUGUUUCUUACUUUUCAAAUGUUUAAGAAUAUCAUUAGCUCUGAACAUUCCAUGUAUUCUAAAAUAAAUGUUUUUUUACUGUUCA